AUGGCUGAAUACAGCAAACCUAUGGGAAAUGAUUUCUGCCAUGGAAUUGGUGACACUCCACUCAUCGAAUUAAAAACUAUAACUAAAGGACUUCCGGCCAGAAUAGCUGUGAAGUUAGAGUAUCUGAAUCCUACUGGCUCUGUUAAAGAUAGACCUGCUCGCAAUAUCGUUCAUGAAGCUGAGAAGAGGGGUGAACUCAUCCCAGGAAAGCAUGUGCUUCUUGAAGGAACAAGUGGAAACACUGGUAUUGCAUUAGCUGCUAUUUCAGCUGCCAAAGGUUAUAAAUGUGUUCUUGUCAUGCCAGCCUCGAUGAGUAUUGAAAGACGUUCACUCCUGAGUGCUUAUGGAGCUCAGCUUGUGUUAACAGAUCCUGCUGAUGGCUUCAAGGGAGUUAUGACUCGCUUAGAAGAACUCACCAGUGUCAUUCCUAAUGUUUUCAGAACUAAUCAAUUCUCAAAUAUGGACAACCCGAAAGCACAUUACAACUCUACCGGUCCAGAAAUUUGGAAGCAAACUGAUGGAAAAGUUGAUAUCGUGUGCUUUGGAGUUGGGACUGGUGGAACUAUCUCUGGAGUUUCCCGUUUCUUGAAAGAGAAAAAUCCAUUGAUUCAGUCAUUCGCUAUUGAGCCCACUGAGUCAGCCGUACUAAGUGGGGGACCUGCAGGAAAGCACAAGAUCCAAGGAAUCGGAGCAGGAUUGAUCCCAGACACUCUUGAUACAACUAUUUAUGAUGGAGUCAUUGCUAUCGCUUCUGAUGAUGCUCUUGCUAUGGCACGAAGAAUUGCAGUUGAAGAAGGAAUUCUUGCAGGAAUAUCUUCAGGAUCUAACGUCCUAGCUGCCAUUGAGCUGGCUAAAAGACCCGGGAACGAAGGAAAACUUAUUGUAACAACUGUGAACAGUAGCGGUGAACGUUAUUUGUCUUCUGAGUUGUAUUCCCAGGUCAAUGAAGAAGCUGCAAAAGCUGAAAUCAUGUCAACUGCAACAUCGAUCGAUAUAGUUAAUAGAUAUCUUGCUCAAGAAUAA